AUUUAAGUCUUUACUAUCAGUUGACAGACAUUUAAAUUGAAGAUAAUUUAGUUGUCAAUCAGUGAUGAUGGCUGACGACAAUGAUCUGAUGGCCAUUAUAUUGGAUGAGAUAGCACUCGAAGGACUCGAUGGCAUGACAUUGGACUCUUUGUGGAUCCGAUUGACGGCCCGAACAAUGGCCACAAAAAACAAAUUGUUUGACUUCAAGUCUGCUUCGGUUCACAACUUUAUCUUUGAAAAUAUCAUUAAACAUCUGACAAAUGAUAAGACAAUAGCCAUGUAUUUGUUGCCACAAACGAGACAAACAAUUCAACUCUACAACAGAUACCAACACAUGAACGAAGAGACCGGAACUAUACGUGAAGAUCCAGAUCUCAUUCCCGACGAUAUCUAUCGAGAGGUGACACCCAUUAGUGAUCAACAAAUUAAGGGUUCUUCUUGUGAUUAUUACCAUCGAUUGAAUGUCACAAAAGAUGUCUUAAACGGCAAUAUGAGUAUCGCUGAUAUCAUUAAAACCUAUGAUUUACGCAAAUUUGUUUUAGUGGCCAAUCAGUCGCAACGUUAUAAGGCAUUAAUGGGUCCAUACAGUGAUGUGGACAUCGAGUUGACACCCAUUCAGUACUGUAUUCUUGAACGUAUUGGUCGACAACGAUAUUUGGGCGAAAUCACGAUCGGAAAAGAGUCCGGUAAUUACAAUCAGUCGGCAAAAACAUUGUUUUACUACCGAAAAGUAUUGUUACGCAAGAAAUUGAUUUGCAAAAAGCAAAUCAUUAUAUUCAAUGUCAAGACUGUCCAGAAUUCGCACGGAUUGGUCUUUACGUUGAGUCGGUUUAAUACCGGACGACAAACUAUUACUGAAAUAAAUGCUCAAAAAGUCAGCGAUAUGUUAGUCGCGACAGAGAGUAAAGAAUUAGACUAUGAUUUUGUUAAGAAUCAGUUGGAUAUAAAAACCCGUUAUUUCCGUGAUUUGAUGGCCAGUUAUUCGAGUUAUUUUCAAGUUUAUACUUUGGAAAACAACGACGGAAACAACUCAUCAGCUAAUAAUAAUAAUAAUAAUAAACGUAUGAUUCAUUUAAUUCGACCAAUUAGUUCCAAUGAUGAUAACAAUUGUGACAAUGAAGAUGAAGAGGAUGACGAAGAAAUACCAAUUGGUACAAACAAACAGUCGCUGAUUGUCUUUAAUCCGGGAAAAAUACUUGUCGAUCGAUCACUUCUAUCGCAAGCCUUAGCUAUUAUUGAAUCUCAUGAAUCGCAAGAUGGGAUCAGUUUGAAAGAGUUGGGCAGUUGUCUGUCUUUGCCUAAACUAGAGGCCAGAAGUCUUAUGCGAUAUCUUGAAAAAUUGAAAGUAAUAUCAACUGUUAUGGUUGACAGAGGACGACAAAAAGUGACACUUUAUUUGCCAAAAUGUCGAUCUAAUGAAGCAAUCAAUAUGUUUAGUCGGGCGCGCAAAUCGUUGUCAUUUAGUGACUCAAAUCUAAUGACUGUCAAUCUGUUAAAUCGCGCGAAUCUGAUCCUCGAAUUUGUCCAAAAAAGUGGAAUUGUUGGUCGAAUCUAUGACUUGAAGAAACUGAUUCUCGACUCCGAAAAAGACAAUUUGCAUAAAGUUUGUACUAAAAGUGUUCUGAAUAUUGUUCACAAAUUGGCCGCCGAUGGGUUAGUUCGGUCUAUUCGUACAAUACUUAGAUAUCAGGAUCAGGUGAAGAAACUUCAUUUUGUAUGCGUACCGUCCAUUACACCCGACCAUCCAUUGGUAAAGGAGCGCAUCAAUCAAAUUAAGUUUCAAUGGAUUGGCAAAUAUUGUACUGACAUUCAGUCAGACAAAUGUCAAGCAAAUGUCGUUUCCGGUUCAUUAUCGAAGUUCUCUAAGAAUACUGUUGUCAUGAAUUUGGUAUAUCAGCCAUCAAUUGCCCGGAGAUAUGGUUUAGAACCUAAACUGAAAAAGAUGUUGACUUUGUAUCGGUUUUUAUAUUACUUGACUUACGAUUUCCAAAAGGAAAAUAUACCGCAAACUGAUUGGAGAUAUAAUAUUGAAGCGCUUCCCGAUGGACUGCAAACAAAAGUCUGUACAAUGGGUGAAAUCAUUCCUCGACUUCCGGUCUCAAUAUUUGUUAAGAUUAUUUGGAUUUCAUUUAUUAUUCCCGGUCUUCAAGAACUCAUUGAUGAUCCAAUUGUUUCACAUCAAACUCUUUCACAAAUUUCGCCACACAUUCGUCAGUGUCUUCUUUAUCGACGAAAAUUUGCAUUCAAUCUUUGCGAAGAACUGGUAGGUCUUAGUUAUUUGGGUUUAGUUGAAACACAAUAUAGAGAACAGACAGAAAAAGAGUCGACAAUCAUAACAGUCAAGAAUAAAGUUUCGUUGACUUUGAAUAACGUUAAAACAGACUUUGAAUUCAAUACAAUGAAAGAUUUGCAAGAGUUUGAAGAAACACUUCAAAUGCAUUGUUAUGAUCCGUGCGAUAACUGUUCAAUUGAUAAACGUUUGUUUGCUCACAAUCUAAGAAACUGGACAUUCACUCCGUCAUACAAAUCUAAAGGUAUCAAUGCAUCAAAUAGAUUGCAAAAGUUGUCGGGAAGUACCGCCAAUGAUAUCAAUACCAAUGUUGAGGUCAUUGAUAAUAAAACCAAAACAACUAGUGCUAAAAAACGUAAAUCAAAAUCAAAUACAAGUAAACAAACAAAAAAGCUUAAAACUGUUGAAUCAGAUAUAGCCAUCACUUCUCCUGUUGUCAAAGAAAAAUCGUUAACAUUACCAGACUUAACAACACCAACGACUUCACCAACAAAUAAGAAAAGAUUUCGUUCGUACGAUAAAAUUGAUUUAAGAGCUAAAAGUCUUCUGAAAAAACAGCGCAGCGAUUGGACACCAGAAGAGGAUUCGUUUCUAUUGGUAUGUAAAGUGGCGUCAACUUUGUUGGAUCCCAACUGUCCGACACAUAUAUGUGUCAAUAGGAAUGUGAUUCGCGACGAAUUGCAUACUUAUUUGCCUCAUAUCUCAAAAGACAAGACAGCAUUGGCCUGUCAGAGGCGUAUCAUUUAUAUGCUGAAGAAUCCAAACACUCGUCAAAAUGUUGUCGACUAUAUCGGCGAAUUCAAUCAAGAGAUGACAGUUACGCGACCAGACGUUCCCAAAACUCAUGAAAAUGUUUGGCGCGACUCUUAUCUGAAUAUUUUGCAUCAAAUACUGGUUAGAAUGCAAUCACUUCAGUCAUACGGCAAUAAUCAACAGACAAUUUUUAAUGUCAACUCAAAAGACGAAUUGAUAGCUCGUUUCAAAAUUAUUUACCGAACAACUCAUUUGCUUCCAGUUAGAGGACCCAUACAUGAAGAACCUAACAAUGUGGUCGAUGUUCACGUGAAUGUUGUCACUAAUGUCUUGUUGUCAUCACUUCUAUCCAAACAUUAUCUAAAUAGUGAUACUUUGAAUGUUAAGAAUGAGUCCAAUCUGUUCGCACAAACCUUAUUCCGAAUAUAUCAAAGAUAUCCGGAAACUCUAAUCAGAUCUGUUGUUACAAAACUUGGAAAAUAUGGUGUUAUGACUAAAAUUAAGAAGACUAUUGAUUUUUCAGCCAUUAAAUCGAAAGGAAGUACUCCUUACAGAAUAUCACAGAGUUUUCUGUUUUUAUAUCAAACAAAAUAUUAUUUAGAAAAUCUAAUGAAAGGACAAACACUGGAUUCGGAUGUAAUUUCCAUAAAAGAAGGAAAGACCGGUUUUGAAGCGGCAAUUGUCAGCUCAUUGUUGUGUUCAAAAAGCGGUAAAUUUUAUACAAAUAUUCCCGACAAUAUGGCUGUUCUACAGAAAAACUUUCCAUUUCAUAAAACAAAUAUCGAGAAAACACUGAAAGAUCCGAAGACUACAUCCCGAUAUGCAUUACACUUAUUGAGACAACAUAUCAAUUCGGGUCAAUUUGAUCGGACCCGACAUACAGCUGAAUAUUUAUCGAUAAAUCAAUGCAAAAUAACUUGUGAAUCAAACAAAGAGUUUUUAUUUCAAAAUCAACGAUUUGAGUCAUUAUUUCAAAAACAAAAGAUUGUGUUUACAAAAGAAUUGAUUGCAAAUACAGCCGACAGUUGUCCUAAUGAUGAUCAGCCACUUCUUGAUUACAUAAAAAAUAAGCGAGAAUUAGGCGCUUCUUUCGAUGAAUUAUUAUCUUUUAAAACAACUGAACAUGAAUUACAAGAGACACUGAAUCGUUUGUGUGACGAAAAAAUUAUGUUUAGAGUUGGGAUCUGUUUAUUUAAAUGGGUUUCAGUAGAGUAUGUCAACCCAUGGCUCGUACACUCGCAGGUCAGCCAAACUACUGGAAAGACAUCAUCAAAUAAAAGUCAUAAAAAGUUGAUUAAAUUUUUUGCUCGAUAUUGGAAACAACCGAACGGUAUGGUUGACAAUAAAGUGGUGUUUAAAUUAUUGUCAGGAAUUUUAGGACAUAUUAUAACAAAUCCGUGUAUAUCUCAACAAAAACUGAUUGACUUUUACAAUCAGGCCCUACAACCGGUCCAACUCUUGGAGAUAAUCGAGUUGUUAAGUGAGGCCCAGUGUAUUGAAUGCAUUGAAUCGGACGUUAUUAUGAAACCAAAAUUGUUUGAAUCAAAAGUCAAUUUAAUCAAUAAUAUGAAAGCAACACAUUAUUUGGCAACCGAUCAGUGUUUAAUAAAGUUGUGUCAAUUGAAACAAUUUUUAAAUAUUUAA